GUUUUUGGAACGCUCAAAAGUCGGAGAUUUCCGAGUUACCAGUUAUUUUGAACGCUGAUAUAUUGUAACACGUGAUGGAAUAUUGGGUCGUGUUCAUUAGAGUAAGCAAAGGAAAACGUUUUGCAACGGAAAACAAACAUGAGCGUAUUUUUAUUGGACGCUAGAUAGUUCCUCUCUGUUUCAGUUCGUUUUCUUCCGUUUGGUGCCUAAUAAACACGAUCCUGAUUAGAUUAAUUUGAAUAAUUGGAUAGGCUACCUUGCUAGGCUGAUCAAUAAGCUACAGUCAAGAGUACGCCUUUGUGAGUACGCCUUUGACCAGAAACACAAUGGACAAUACUGGUGUUUUGGGAAUGUCUUCGCUCUCUAUUAAACUCGCUGAGAUUUUCACAGAGGAGUCGGACAAUGAGAGAACGUUCUAUGGGUUUUCUGACAGUGAAAGCGAUAUAUGUGAUAAGAGUUCAGACAGUGGCAAUCCAGUGGAUAUCAAAGGCAGCCCACUGAAACAGCCUGCGCCUUAUCGCUUCACGUUACGGGUGGCACUGCGUCCCCGUAAGCCAGCCACACCAACCCCUCACUCCAGUGAAGAAGAGGAGAGGAAGGUGAAAGCUGAGCAGAAGGGAACAGUAACAUUUAAAGUAGAAGAGAAGCCGGUAACCAAAGCAACACAGCCUGUUAAACAACAGUCCGAUUCUGAUUCUGAGGCUGAUGAUCUACCACAGGUCGACUCCUUUCUGGCCAAGAGGGCCCAGAACAUCAAGGCUAACAAAGCUAUGUUGGCUCAGUUGAUAGCAGACCUGCAUAAGAUGCCAGGAGCUGCCCUGCUGAAGGGUAACGGAGAAGGCAAUCUUAAAAAGGAGAAAGGCUCUCGAGCGCCCCACUCCAAGGGAGCAGCGGCGAAGUCCAGGAAGAACCCUAUGAGCUCCUCCCGGAGACAGACCCGCUCCAUGGGGGGAGCUGAGGGAUUGGAGGCCCACCAGGAGGAGAGAGAGCUGGAGCUCAGUCUGGAGGAGGAACUACUGGAGGUACGUGGUGAUCCGAGGCGGAGGGGUGCUCCACGUCCCAAACAGGCCAAACCUCACAACAUACGACCUGUGGGGGAGAUCACUGAGGACGAGCUACUCCAGGUGGCAGACCACACAACAGAGAAGGUGUACAACAGCGCCACAGGCUCAACAUGUCACCAGUGUCGCCAAAAGACCACCGACACCAAGACGUGUUGCCGUAGCGAGGAGUGUCGUGGUGUAGCGGGACAGUUCUGUGGUCCGUGUCUGAGGAACCGAUAUGGAGAGGACGUGAGGAAAGCCCUGCUCGACCCGGACUGGCGGUGCCCACCGUGUCGAGGCAUAUGUAACUGCAGUUUCUGCCGUGCCAGAGACGGACGCUGCCCAACUGGAAUCCUGUUCCCUCUGGCUCAGUACCACGGCUUCUCUGAUGUCCACUCUUACCUCAGCAGUCUUCGCAGUAAACUGAAAAAUGGGGAGGAGGACUGAGGAUUUAUGAAUGGGAGUCUGAAGGGAGUCUCUUCAAUGUCCUUAUGUGGCCACCAGGGGGAGCUGUUGCUAUUGCCCAUAUUGUGAAUCACUGGUCUGGGAAUACAGCAGUUUGACUCCUAUCCAGAUUAGGUUUAUUAUGUUCUGCAAUAUUGUUGUUACGGUUUUUGAUUGGAAUAUUGAUGUUGAUUUAAAAUUUUUUUUUUAUAAUAAAUUACCUUUGACGAUGUC